UUUCUGUCGGACCUGGCAACCCGCCGUGUCCGGAUUAGCCGCAUUCCGUCAUGAAGUCAGUCUGCGACAUGAAGUGAACCGAACGAGCCCGAGGACCGAGUCACGUUAACCGGGACUAGUCUGUCCGACAGCCCGAGGACCGAGUCACGUUAACCGGGACUAGUCUGUCCGACAGCCCGCGGACCGAGCCGUGCGGACGGGAUGUGUUUGAGUGUACGAGGCGGUGCUCCGGUUAGUUUGGUCACCGUGUAAGUUUGAACCGACGUUAGCUCCGUUAGCUUAGCUGACCCAGUUUAAAGUUUAAUGUGUGACGUCACUUUAAUCCGAGCUGUGGCGGGUUUCCUGCCGUGACGUCGUCGGCGUCGUUAACCGUGUUCGUGUCGGCAGGUUCCGGUUCGCAGCAUGGCGGGGGUGCUCCGGUGUGUGAGGCGGGCGCUGAGGCUCGACGCCCUGCGGGAAGCGGGCCGCCAGUACCCGCUGUUCUGCUGCGUGCUGCUCUCCAUGCUCUCCAUGACCGUGCUGCUCAACAGGUACAUCCACAUCCUGAUGGUGUUCUGGUCCUUCCUGGCCGGUGUCAUCACGUUCUACUGCUCCAUCGGACCGGACACCCUCCUCCCGAACAUCUUCUUCAGCGUGAAGCCGAGAAACAAACGUCAGGAGCAGGAGCUGUUUCCUCUCGGGCACAGCUGUGCCGUCUGCGGGAAGGUGAAGUGCAAACGUCACCGGCCGACUCUGCUGCUGGAGAACUACCAGCCAUGGCUGGACCUGAAGGUUCAUUCAAACGUGGACGCUUCGAUCGCCGAGGUGUUCGAGUUGGUUCUGGAGAACUUUGUGUACCCGUGGUACAGGGACAUCACAGACGACGAGGCGUGCGUCGAUGAGCUCAGGAUGACCUUCAGGUUCUUCGCCUCGGUGCUCGUCCGCCGCGCUCAGAAGAUCGACGUUCCCGCCCUGUUUGCAGGCAAAGUGAUGAAAGCUGCGAUGAAGCACAUCGAGGUCAUCGCGAAGGCUCGAGACAAAGUGAAGAACUCGGAGGCGUUGCAGCAGGCGGCUCUGGACGAGUACGGCGCCGACCUUCACAUCGCUCUGCGCAGCCGCAAAGACGAGCUGCUCUACCUGAGGAAGCUGACGGAGAUGCUGUUCCCCUACGUCAUGCCGCCCAAAGCCACGGACUGCAGGUCUCUGGCUCUGCUGCUCAGGGAGGUGAUGGCCGGAUCCGUCAUGUUACCGACGAUGGACUUCGUGGCCGACCCCGAUACUGUGAACCUCAUGGUGCUCAUAUAUGUUGACGACACUCCACCUGAGCCGGCCGUCGAUCCUCCGUCUGUCCUGGUUCCAUUUCUACAGAAAUAUGCCGACGUCAGCAACAAGAAGCCGUCUGUCUUGAAGUUGGAGCUGAAGGAGAUCAGGGAGCAGCAGGACCUCCUGUUCCGCUUCAUGAACUUCCUGAAGCAGGAGGGCGCCGUGCACGUGCUGCAGUUCUGCCUCACCGUGGAGGAGUUCAACGAUAAGAUCCUGAGCCCGGACCUGAGCGACGCCGAGCUGCAGCGUCUGCACGGCGAGGUGCUGCACAUCUACGAGACGUACUGCCUGGACGAGAGCAUCGACAAGAUCAGCUUCGACAAGUUCAUCGUGGAGGAGAUCAGGAACAUCGCUACAGGUCCGUACGGCGGCGUGGUGAAGCUGCAGACGAUGCAUUGUCUGUUCGAGGCGUACGAACACGUCCUGUCUCUGCUGGAGAGAGUCUUCACCCCGAUGUUCUGCCACAGCGACGAAUACUUCAGACAUCUGCUGAGAGGAGCCGAGUCUCCAGCCAGGAACAACAAGAUCAACAGAAACAGCUUCAGUCUGGAGGACAACAGGAUCAUGUCGAAGCGAGGCGAGUCGUUCGGGAUCAGCAGGAUCGGCAGCAAAAUCAAAGGCGUGUUCAAGAGCACGACGAUGGAGGGCGCCAUGCUGCCGCCGAGCGCCAUGGGCGACUUCGACGACGACCUGGUGGAGGAGGCGACCGUCGUGAUGGAGGACGACUCCCCCGCCGAGCCGGCCAGCACGCCGGGCACCCUGAGGAACCUGUCGGCGUGGAGCAUCACCAUCCCGUACAUCGACAGCUACGACGACGAGGUCAAGAGAGAGAAGAUCCCCGUGUUCUGCAUCGACGUGGAGCGCAACGACAGGAAGGAAGUCGGUCAUGAACCGGAGAGGUGGUCGAUCUACAGACGAUAUCUGGAGUUUUACGUCCUCGAGUCCAAACUCACGGAGUUCCACGGCACGUUCGCCGACGCUCAGCUUCCCUCCAAGAGAAUCAUCGGACCAAAGAAUUACGAGUUCCUGGCGUCUAAACGAGAAGAGUUCGAGGAAUAUUUACAGAGACUCCUGCAGCAUCCAGAGCUCAGUAACAGUCAGCUGCUUGCUGACUUCCUGUCUCCGUACAGCAUGGAGUCUCAGUUCCUGGACAGGAUGCUGCCCGACGUCAACCUGGGAAAAAUCUUCAAGUCGGUCCCGGGGAAGCUCAUCAAAGAGAAAGGACAGAACCUGGAGCCGUUCAUCCAGUCCUUCUUCAACUCCUGCGAGGCGCCCAAACCCAAACCGAGCCGACCCGAGCUGACCAUCCUCAGCCCAUCUGCAGAGAACAACAAGAAGCUCUUCAGCGACCUCUUCAAGAACAACGCCAACCUGAGCGAGAGUCUGGAGAGGAAACACAACCACAACUACUUCAUGGAGAAGAUCUCUGUGGACGGCAUGUACGACUGCAUGAUGUUCGUCGGUCGGACGGUGUUCCGCAUCUCGGACUGGCUCCACCACGUCCUGGCUGCGGGGAGGAUCGUGCUGAAGAGCUCGUUCGAGGCCUACAUGGAUCAGUACAUGCAGCUGAAGCUGGAGCAGAUCCUCCAGGAGCACCACAUGGUGUCGCUCAUCACGCAGCUCCGAGACGCCGUUUUCUGUGAGAGCUGUGAGGAGCGAACCGUCGAGGACAAACAGAGCCGAGCCAAGCAGACGUUCGAGGAGAUGAUGAAGUAUCUACCAGACUUCGUGGGGAAAUGUAUCGGCGAGGAGGCGAAGUACGAAGGGAUCCGCUUCCUGUUUGACGGACUCCAGCAGCCUCUGCUCAACAAGCAGAUGACGUACGUGUUGCUGGACGUCGCCGUGCAGGAACUGUUUCCUGAACUCACCAAGGGCGUGAAGGACGCGAUCAUCACAUGAACCAAACACUGAAUCAUCGACCACAUCCUGAUCCUGGAAGUGCAAUAUUCUCUAACUGUUUCCAAACCUCUGGAGAACCUUCACAUUCCAAUGUUUAUGAAUGCACUAAUAAAAGAUAUAUAUUUAUUGACCCGCUA